CAUGAAGCUGAGCUAUUUCCGUCUCUGUCUGUUGUACCUAGAAUUGCGAACGUUUGUCUCUUUUUAAAAAUGGUGUGGAAACGUUUACUGUAGCUUUUAUUAUUAAGUUUUGUAGGUUUUGGUUCUGGUAGUGCGAAACGUGAGGAAAAUGACAUCUGGCAACAAUAUCGAAAGUGAAUAUUUGGACAUCAAUGCGAAAAACGAGUGGCCGGUAAUUUACCAGAGGAUCCGAUCAGAAAGCAGCAAGGACAGCUGUACAGAAGCAAUAAAGCCGCAAAACAAAUCCCUGAACCGCUACAGAGAUGUGAGCCCGUUCGAUCACAGCCGCAUAAUACUGAAGCGGGGCGCCAGCGACUACAUAAACGCGAACCUGAUCAAAAUCGAAAAGGCCAACCGGCAGUACAUCCUGACCCAGGGCCCGCUGGCCAACACCGUCAGCCAUUUCUGGCUGAUGGUGUGGGAGCAGCGGAGCAAGGCGAUCCUGAUGCUAAACAAGCUGAUCGAAAAGAAACAGGAGAAGUGUUACCAAUACUGGCCGCAGAUCGGGCCCGACCAUCUGCUGACGCUGGCCGACGUCGGUUUAACAGUCGAGUACGUUAAACAGCACGACCACUCGUACUAUCUGACCAGGGAGUUCCGGCUUACAGACACUGAGACCGGUGAGUCGCGCGACAUCGUCCAGUUUCAUUACAUCACGUGGCCGGAUUUCGGGGUGCCCGGCUCGCCCACCGCCUUUCUUGAGUUCCUGCGCAGGGUCCGUUCGGCGAACGUGCUCGAACCGACCGUCGGACCGGCCAUCGUCCACUGUUCGGCCGGCAUCGGACGCUCCGGCACGUUUUGUCUCGUCGAUUCGUGUUUAGUGCUUAUCGAAAAAUUCGGCCUAAAUUCGGUAGACGUCAAGGAAAUCCUGUUAGAAAUGAGAAAAUAUCGUAUGGGCCUGAUCCAGACUCCGGAACAGCUCCGAUUUUCAUAUCAAGCAAUCAUAGAAGGUGCUAAACAACUAUUAGAUCCAAACGCAGAGGACCCCGAAAUCGUGGAGAGUCACGAAGACAUCGUAUCGGAAGGUGCGUCCAGUUCGGACGAAGAGCCGCCUCCUCCGCCGCCACGAGGUGAGAGCCUGGAAAAGAAAGUGGUAAACGGUGGUUUCGUGUCGAUCGAAGAGAGGCCACUGCCCAAGAUACCGGCCAGCGAGUCCUGCGACGAUUUGGAAUUAGGGAACGGUAUCGAUGAUCGUAUUCCGAGCGGGAAAUUGCCGGAUGUUCCCAGCGAGGAGGACGAGUUAAGCAGCGAAGACGAAAUCGGUCCGGAUUCACACAGCGAGGAUGAACAACGGGCCGAGAGUCCUGCCUCCGAAAAGUCUGAUGAUUCUAAUCUAAGUAACAGUAUUUCGCCUUCGGAGCUGAGACAUCGGAAUCGCGUGGAACGGAAAGAAAAGAUCGAAGCGAAAGUGAGAGACAUGAAGCGUCGCCAGCAAAUGAAUGAGCAAUGGACACAAUUGAAGAGGUCACUAUUUAAACCAUUACUUGUAGGAGGUUCGAUACUUUUGGGAGGUGGCCUCAUUGCGUAUCUUUAUUUUAAAGAUUAAACAUACAAGACGAUCUAAUUUAAGAUUAUUUCAGUUUCCUUAUGAUAAAAUUGACUUUAUGCAAUUGUUAUUUAAAAGAAAAGUAUCACUAACGUAGUUACGUUGUCAAUUUUUAUAUUUUAUGUAUUAUUAUAUUUCACAAAUGUUUUUGGUAGCACUGAUAAUUUUAUAUGAACAAUAUUUAUAAUUGCAAGAGAGCUCUUUAGGUUUACUUGAAAAAAUAAAUACUACAAUUUGAGGUACAUAUCAAAUACAAGCUAUUCUUGUGACGUAACGUUUAAAAACUCUUCAUUCUUUACCUUCCAGUUAGAAUUUCUACUUUGCUAAAUACUGAUGUUUGUUGUAUUCUCAGUUUAUGUUUAAUCUUCAUCAAUUAUUAUGCAGUGUGUGCAUAAUAAUUUAUGACGAUUAUAAAACUGGUGCAAAUUGAACAUAAAUAAUUAUUUUCUUAAAUAUUAACAGUACCGUUUUUUAUGUAAUUAUAUAAACCAAGUAACGUAGAAUAUUUGAUGUGUUAGAAUGAACGGAUAGAAAAAGACUGACGAAUUUACCACCUCGGUUUCAACAGGUCAUACUUCUGAUAUUAAAAAGUGCUGGGCGAAAUUUAAUAAUCUGUUGACCAAAUAUAAGCAAACAUCGAAAAAUUAUAUUUUUUAUAUUUAUAUUAUAAGAUAAUUUUAAGACACUUGUAUAUAUCUGGUACUGUAACAUUUAUUACACACUGAACUCAUUCCUUUAAUUUAUUCUAUUUGCCACUAAUUAAUUACAACAGGGCACGUAGCUACCAUAAAAAACGCUGAUUAAAUCUUAAGUCUUGUUACAAUAUUAUUUGACAGUAAAUGGAUUAAAAUUAAAGGUAUAUGGUCACCUCCAACAUUAUCGAUGCGCAUUUUAGAUUGCUCAUAUUUGUUCAACCCUAUUAGUAGUUAUUUGGCUUUUAUAAUCUCGUUUUCGAAAUGGUUUUCACCUAGUAUGACCGAAACGAUCAAUAUAUAAAUUGUUAUUGUUUGAGAGAUGUUUAGGAAUUAAAGAGGAACAGGUGGUAAAUGCAAUCCAUGUGUUGAUGGUGAAGCAGGUAGUUUUAUAUGUAAUGGACGAUCAUAUAAGACUUAAGUAUCAGGUUAAUAUUUGCAUGAGUUUUUGUUUCGAGUUAUGCUAGUUUCCUAUUUCGCUAGUAUUAAAUAUUUAUGAUUGAAAAUUGAGGAAAUGAAAACUUAUGUAAACUUAAUUUAAAUAGUUUAUAUAUGUGAAGUAGGCAGCAUUUAGAUUUUAUCAAAAUUUGAAAAGGUCGUUUUGAUAAACAACAGGGUGCUUUUGAAACAAAACAAAAAAAAAAUAUAAACAGAUCUAGAUUUUGAUAGAAAUUUUCUAUGAACUUUGUAUACCUUGUUUAUACAUUCCGUUUUAAGUGCCUACAAACUAUUUACAAGAUUAAAAAUUGCAUGGACAAUAUGCAUUCUAAUUUAUGUUGUUGUUAUUUACUUUGGAAACUAAGACAAUCGGUUUUUACAGUAUCUUUAACUUGAACCGAUAAUUGUGAUUGUUUACUAAUUUCUCAUACAUUUUUAUGAAUAUUCAAUAAAUAUAUUUAAACAAUAUA